AUUUCUAAGAAGGCUGCUUGGUGUACGCAUCCCUCCAAGUCAUCCGAAGCUGCAGGAAACAUUUAAGUCACCAUUCUCCAAGCAGACGCAAGACACCCGUGAAAGCCAAGUAGUGAGAAACAGCAUAACUGAGCCCCAUUCGGGACAGCCACCUCUUCAGGAAUAACAAAGGGAGAAGCCCUGUUUUCAUUCUGAUGUAGCCAGUGCUGGAGACAUACCUGAAGAUUUCAACGUGUGUGCCGUACACAGAGGUUUCCUCCUAAGUUUCUUGUGGCUAGCUUGCUGGGGAAAAUGAAGUGGGAUUGCAUAGUUCCACUCAUGAUUCUCUUAGUUAUUAAGCUAAUAGGCACUUCACUGUUCCUUCUCUAUGCUUCACAGAUCUUCUUCCAAGGAGACCCCAUUCUCACCCCAUCAGGAGUAAAAGAUGGCUGCCCCAUAAGAUGGGUACUUUAUGCUGGCAAAUGCUACUUCUUUUCUGCCGAAGAAAAAACAUGGAAUGACAGCCAGGAGGACUGCGCUCAAUCAAAUGCUUAUCUUGCUGUUGUCAACAACAAAGCAGAAUUGAUGUUCCUGUUCAACAGAACAAACCAUUUUGAGUAUUUCAUUGGCUUAACACAGCAAGGUUCCAAAGGAUUGUGGAGAUGGAUUGACAACAGAGCGUAUGACCCUGACAUAUUGAAUAUCAGAAGUAGAAUUUAUGACUGUGCUGUGCUUGGAUUACACCUAGUCACUUCAGCACCUUGCUCCGUAGUAAACCGCUGGAUUUGUGAGGAGAAGGCAUAGGAGCUCUCCUCUGUAUGGGAGAUUCUCAGCCAAUGUGGAAUUAAGACUCUUCACUCUGCUAAGGAACUUUGGACCUGAUUCAGCUCUUGUUACGCAUAACCCUGGAAAGGGAAGCGUGUUCUGUCACACGUGAAGACUUUUAUCCAGCCAAAUAUAUGAGUGGCCCAAUAAACACUGCAAAUACCAUAUUUUUCCGUGUAUAAGAUGCCCCCGUGUCUAAGACGCCCCUUAUUUUGAGGGACUCCAAAUUAAGAAAAUGGGGGGGAGAUCAUCUGUCCCCUCGCCAGCAGAAGCUGCCAAUUGCCCGCCCAAUUGCCACAGCGACAGCCAAUCAACACCAGCCCUUGCCACAGCCACCAAUAGCACGCCCAAUAGCCGCUGACAAUCUCCGGCUCACAGCAGCAGCCAAUCCCAUGUCCCCCCUAUGCACUCUCCAUGUAUAAUAUGACCCCCAAUUUUUAACCUAAUUUUAAAUGGAAAAAAGCUUGUCUUAUGCACAGACAGUAUACUUCCAGUUGCACUUCUGCACUGACAUAAAUGAGCCGCGAGUGUGUAAAUCUGCUUGUGUCUUUUGAUCUUCCUUCCCUUUCUUGCCGCACUGGAGGCUCAAACAAUUCCCCCUGUUGCUUGUUGGUCAGAUGAUCUCUCUUGCCUUGCCACAUGUGAAAGACACUUUCUUCUACUCAGAAAAGAGGGUUCAGGGAGUUUAGAGAACAUCCCUUUCCUGAGACCAGUCAUGCAAUAAAACCUCAAUAUCCACUUCUCCUAACCGCUCAACGCAGGACUUCCUAUAUUUCAAGACAGAACAUUUUCUUCUUCUGUUGGAGGGGGAGUCCUUCAUUUGUCCAAAACCCGCUGCUGUUUUGGAAGAUUACCAAAUAACAGCUUGCUGGGUUAGCAAAACACGCUAAUUAUUGUAAUGCAACUUGCAUCUGAAAAGUUAAACAAUUAUAUGACUGUAGACACCUGAAGUUUUUAAUGUUUGAUGUCUUGAAGGCAACACUGUAUUGGGAAGUUUUUAACGUUUGAUGUUUUGCUGUGUUUUUUUAUAUUCU